AUGUCGAGCAUAGCAUGCGUUUGGACAGAUUUCCGUAACGAUGCCGAUGCCGACCAGUGGUACGGGGAUUCGCACAUACCAGCCGUCGUCGGGAAACUCGGGACCACGGCAAAAAUUGCAGAGAAGGCAGAAGACAACGCAUUCAAAGAGGUCGCCGCCAUCCAUGGGACCUUUAUGACAGUGUACGACCUACCGGAUGGCCAAUCCACUGAAGAUCUUGAGGUGCAAUUACGCCCGGCUCCAGACAAGCUUCCUAAAGAUGCACGGGUGCAUUCACGGAUCUACACAGAGUUUGCAGGCUGGUUAGGGGAUGAUUGGCGAGGAGAUGAGCAAGAUAUUCAGAUGUGGGUUGUUGUGCGUUGGCAACCAGUCGAUGCGGUACACGAUGAGUUUGUGGAAUGGUUCACAGAAGAAUUUGCACCUGGCAUGCUCGAAAGCCCGGAACUCCUUCGCAUGCGUUUAUUCAGAGUCGACAACACGUCAUCAUUCAAAAAUCAGGAGUAUGAAGAGAGGGAUCUCAAAGCGGUGUUUCAAUACAUGACAUUCUGGGAGUUCGAUUGCGAUGAACUACCCUGGGAGAUCCUCGUAUACCUGGGAAGCUCGGAGAGGUGGAGGUAUUACGUUGAGGGCGGAUACGUGAAUUGGCAGAUCGCACAGUACCUGGUGAACAAGAUAUAUCCUGAUGACAAGAGUACAGGCUCGACCUCGAAUCGCGCAAGUAUUGCCAUGCCCAGACGAGCUGUAGGUGCAUCGGAUGCGUCAGACUCCGACGAUAGAUCAGCGAGGGAUUCAGAUGAUGAUGACAUACACCAGAAUGCGGAUAAGAGAGGAUCAGAUGGAGGUACACACGGUGAGCCAUACGUAGUACGCUGA